UGCCAUGCCGGCUGUUUGUUAAAGGGCUGACAGGUGGAAUAUUUACAGAAAGCUUUCGUCUGUUUCAUUUAUAGCAGGAAAAAAAAAACUAAAAAUCACCUGCCGUCCUUUGGUGAUGUAUUGUCGUCGUUUCCUGCUCGUCAGUCUGCUGUCUAACAUCGGUGACUUCGUCGUACAUGGUCAACCAGAGGCGGUCCUGGCCUUCGCGGGCGGAGAUGCGGUCCUGCCCUGCAGCUUCAAGGUCGCUGCCGGCGGCGACUUUCCGACGGUGGAGUGGUCCAAGGAAGGCCUGAAGCCGAACGUCAUCUUCUUGUACCGCGACGGCUGCGAGACCCACGAGAUGAAAAACCCGGCCUUCGAGUACAGGACGAGCCUCAUCGCCAAGGAGCUGAAAAACGGAAACGUCUCGUUGAGGAUCUCGGACGUGCGGCUGUCGGACGCGGGGAAGUACCAGUGCAUGAGGCUGUGGAAGGACGCGCCCUGGGAGGUGACGGCGGUGGAGCUCGUUGUCGUUUCCGUUUCGGAGCCGAAGCUCUCGGUGGUUUCAGCAGAAAGCGGCGGCGUGACGCUGCAGUGUGAAGCCGGCUGCUGGCUGCCGCAGCCCGAGAUCAAGUUUCUGGACCACGAAGGAAAAGAAAUCCCGGCCGAAGAGCCCAAACGGGAGCGACAUGAGAGCGGAUGUGACACCACGAGGCAGAGAGUGACGGUGCAGAGCGCCACCAACAGAGUCACCUGCAGAGUUCACCAGCCGGAGUUCAACCACACCAAGCACAUCGAGAUCCUCAUCCCAGCCAAGUGCUCGAGGUCCAGCAGUGAAACCAUUGGCAUCGCUUUUGGAGGGACAAUUUUAUUUCUCUUAGUCGCAACUGUAUUAGCUGUGCUGUGGUGGAAGAGAUACGGCAAACCUGCGAAGAAAAAGCAGCAGAUGAAGAGGCAGGAAUCAGAUGAAAGCACGAUGAGCAGCGUUGUUGAAGUCCACCCUCUGCUGGUUCAGAGAAGCAGAACCGAUGACCCUGGCGCCGUCCAGAAGCUGAAAGGUAAAGUCUUUGACCUCGAGUCGCAGCUUCGUAUGAAGAACGAAACCAUCCGCCGGCUGCAGAACAUCUUAGAAUCUCGGCAGCGUUGCGGUUUCUGCCAGCUCGACCCCCACAACCAACUCUCCGAGACCAGCAGCUCACCAAACACUACCUCCCCGCAACUUGGUAAUUUCCCCAAACUGAUGGGUCCAAAUGCUUCCAGGCCAGACAGCAACCCGACACCUGACCACCCGUCACAAAGAAAGCACCGCAUCUACAGCAGUCCAGCUGUUAUUCCUUACUCAGUGUCAUCCACGUCUUCUUCAGCCGCCGCUGCAGAGAAAAAGCGAAAGCAAGUCCAGCGGUCGGGGAGUUUGCCCUUCCAAGAACCGGGUCAGAAUGGCAUCCGGCUGCAGCGCCGACAUUCCUCAGUGCUUCCAGUUUUACAUCAGCCUUUCAACCGCCGCUACAGCCAGCUGACGAAUUUACCAGAAGGAAACGAGUCAGACUUCCAGGAAGCGUUGCAGGAUCACUGGGAGCAGAGCAUCCCGCACAGGAAGACCGCCUCAACGAUGAUGGUGGUUGAACUCGCAUCAGAUUGUCACUUGUGUUUGCUUCUUUGUCCUUUCCAUCCAUUUAUUCCUUGUUUUUGUGGUACUGUCCGUCACUUCUGUUUGCUUCUAUGUCUCCUUUAUCACCUGUUCUUUGCUGUCUCCUCUCAACCAUCCCUCGCCUCGCCUCUCUUCCCGGCAGCAUGUCUUCGGGUCAUUCCCGACAGGUCUCAGUUCUUCAGGUACGACUCCAUCUCCCUGAGCUGCGAUGAUCAGUCCAACUCCACCGGCUGGAAGGUGAAGAGGAAAACGCUGGACGGCGGCGUCAGACCCUGCUCCUCUGGAUGGGGCGUGGCCUCCUCGGGCUCUACCUGCUUCAUCGGAAACACCUACCCGUCGGACAGCGGACUGUACUGGUGCGAGUCUGUCAGAGGAGAGCAGAGCAACAGCGUCAACAUCACCAUCACUGAUCGCGCCGUGAUCCUGGAGAGUCCUGCCCUGCCGGUGUCCGAGGGAGCUGCCGUGAACCUGCGCUGCAAAACCGAGACGAACGCCUCCCAACAAGAGUUUGAUUUCUACAAAGAUGGCCGCCACAUCGGGAGCAGCUCCACAGGAGAGAUGACCAUUCACAGGGCCUCCAAAGCCGAUGAAGGACUCUACAUGUGCAGCACCGCCGGAGGUGGGGAGUCGACAGGCAGCUGGUUGGCUGUUGACGCCUCUCUUGUGCCUCCACCUUCACCUCCACCUGCAGCCUCCUGUUCGAUUUCUGUCUUCAGACUUAUAUGCCACCUGGUGGUGGGAACGCCGUACCUGCUGUCCACCAUCAUCCUCGGACUCAUAUACAGAGAUAGGAGGAGAGCCGCUCAGACCGUCAGAAAGAGGCGAGGCAGCAACGAUGUCGUCAUGGAAAUAGCGGUAUAGCCAGACGAACUGGUAAAAGUGGCGAAGAAGCUUUAAGCCACAAGGUGCCCCAGAGACCAGUUUUUACCACAAGCGUUCGGUGGAAUGAUCUGCCGCAUCUGAGGGCAUCUGCCCACCAAAGACCUGCAGAAACUGGAGUCACAAUCCAAACGGAGCUUAGAAAGCCAUGUAGCCUCUGAACCAGACUGUAAAUACAAAUGCUUGUUGUUGUGUUACCUUUAGAAUGUAACCAGCGUCCAUCACGCAGUUUUCCUACAACCACAAAGAAAUUAAAAUUGAGUAAAGAGAAUUAAAGCCGUCUCAGAAUGCUUUAAAAAUGCAAAGCUUCACUGUGCAUCACAACGGGUGACAAAUACUUGAUUCUUGUGUUGUAACUGUAGCUGAGUGUGAAGAGGAAGUGGCAAAGCAUUGACAAGUGUUAAGAGAGCCGUUUGUGGUUUGUUGUUUACAUCAGUUGUUGUCCAGGGGUCUGCUGUCGGGGUUUUUUUUGUUUGUUUUGCAUUUGACAUUUAAUCUCUGUCUGGAGUUUACCUCUGAUUUGACUGACUGUCUUAUACUGGACAAAGACACACAUUUCUGUGAAUCAGCCUUCAGCGGUUUUCUCAGAUUUUUAAUUCUUCUUUAACACAAAUGUUACUUUCAAACACAAACAGGAACAGUUUGCAUGUCAGUGAUUGACUGAAUCAGCUUCUUCUGGGUCAGCUGUGGUUACAAGUGCUGAAAGUAGGUGAGCGUUAUUUCCCAGAAAAGAGGACAUUGUGACAUUUUAAAAACCCACAACAAUCAUAGCUGUACCAAAAACUUGUCGAAUUUAAACUGUAAGUAUUGCUGAAUGACAAAAGAGUCUUUAAAACAAAAAUUAAUACGGUGGAAACUAAGUGAUUAUGUAAAUAGCUGAUUCGUAUUUUGCAGUGUAGCUGGAAACUCCUGUUGCUGCGUGAAGUUGAUCUCUGUUGUGCUAUGUGGCUGAAACACAAUAAAUCAAAAGCAAUGACAGACCUGACUCAGUGAA